AUUCAAACAUCGGCAAAUUCGGCGACUCUUGCGCUCUUGCGUCAUUUUAGAUCGAUAUUAAAUCGUGUGCAAUUUAAUUACGCGGAACUCUUUACUGCUUGCUUCUUCGAGGCUCCAGCCACCCCUUACCUUACUUUAGUUUAGUAAAAGUGAAAUUGCUUAGAUUUGCAUUUGGCUGCCCAAUUUAUUUCAGUGUGGUCCAGCUUUGAAUCGAUGUAAGAUAAAUCACGUAUUGGGUGCAAAACGUUGACUCUAAGAAAACCUUUUGGUGAAUAAUGUCUCGUUUUCUUGGUAUCAGUGUCGAGGGAGAAAACAAAAUGCUAGGGUACAUAACGCUACGCCGGUAUUUAUAACAGCUUCAUUGUACAAAAAGUACAUCUUAUAUUAUAAAGGCAUCUUAUAAGGGCAACAUGAAUGGAGGAUAACCAGAGACGUGUCAACGCUGCUGUAAACCGUCAGGCGCCCGGGACAAAACCAACCAUCCCAUGGAGCAUCAUGGCUCGGAAGGAGCUAACCAGGCAGACGACGGACUUCACUCGGUCUCAGCGGCGGACAUUGGACCAGGGACCAGCUCGACGCCAGGGCCGGAGACUGUCUCGGUGCCUGUCUCGGCGCCUGUCUCGGCGCCUACCCUAGCUUCAGGCUCAGAACCACAGGCAAUUCCUGGAACAGCUACUGAGUUAGCUCCUGAGUCAGACCAGGGCUCAACGUCAGAGUCAGUUGCCGGAUCGCCUCCAGCGGCAGGCUCGGAAUCAGCUCCUGAUGCAGUUUCUGGUUCAGUUGCCGGCUCGCCUCCCGUGUCAGCUCUUGGCUCAUCACCCGCUUCAGCUCCAGGUUCCAUUCAUUUCUCGGCCCAUGUCUCAGCUCUGGACCCAGUCCCUGUGUCAGCCUCUGCCUCGGCCCCUGUCCCAGCCUCUGCCUCAGCCCCCGGCUCCGGCCCCGUGUCUGCCCCGACGACCCGGGCUGGGUCAGCGACCCGACAGACCUCAGUCGGCACCUGUGACCUCCAGAAGGAGGGCUACGGCGUCAUCACGGCAGCCGUGUUCCUGACGUCCACCUCCGUGGGCGCCAACCUGCUGAACGUGCCGCAGGGCAUGGCGUUCCUCGGCUGGCUGGGUCUGCCGGUGCUGGCCGUGCUGGGCUUCCAGAGCUGGUUCUGCUCACACCUGCUGGCGAGCAGCUGGAUGCUGGUCGAGACGCUGGACCCGUCUCUGUCUGGGGUCGUCCACCAGCCAUAUCCCGUCAUGGCCGAGCGAGCACUCGGAUACUGGGCCAAACAUCUGAUCUCUGUGGCGGUGCUGGCCGUGGACACGCUGAGCAGCGUGAUGCUGCUGGUGCUGGCCUCGGACCUGGUGGCCAGCAUCGUCCGCUACGUCUUCCCCCCGGCCCAGCCCACCGUCUGCGUCCUGAUCCUGCUCAUGGCCGCCUUCCUCUGCCCCUUCACGUGGUUCGAGUCGCCGAAAAACUUCUGGAUGGUGGCCGUGCUGGGUCUGUCCACCUCGAUGGCCUCCUGGGUGCUACUGCUGAUGAAGCUCUGCGCCGACUUCUGUCACCGUCCGUCGCCUCCCCCACGCAUCCCUCCCUCACCCCUGCGGAUGCUGGUCGGCAUGAGCGGCGUCACCAACUGCUUCAGCUCCGGCGGUGUGCAGCCCACCAUCCAGGCAGACAUGCGAGACCGGUCUGCCUUCAGUUCGGCACUGGCCGCCGUAUUUCUUGUGGUGAGCCUUAUGGUGAGCUCAAUGGCUGCCACCAGCUAUACCUUGAUCGGCUCUGAGGCUCGCUCCAGCAUCAUACACAACAUGGGUCCCGGCCGCCUGCUUCUGGCUAUACAGAGUCUGAUGCUGGUGCAUGUUCUCACCUCCUUCAUCAUCUACAUCAACCCGCUGUAUCAAGAACUGGAGGAAAUGCUCACCAUUCCAGAAGGCAGCUGGCGUCAGUACACGUUCCGUUCGUUCUGCAUGUGCCUUCUGGUGCUGGUCAGCGAGGCGCUGCCCGACUUCAGCAACGUGCUCGACCUGCUCUCCGUGCUGGCCAUCAUCAUCACGAUGGUGGUGCCGCCUAUCAUGUACCUGAGACUCACCAGCCGCCCCGAGCUCAACAUAAAGCUGAGUACGACGGAGAAGGCGCUGCUCGUGUUUCUGGUGGCUACCGGGAUGGUGUACAGCGCCGCCAGCGCCUUCGGAGCCACUUCGUUCGUAUUCGUCGAGCAACAGCAGGGCUCGUGCUUCAGGGCUGGACAGACGGUCAAACCACCCGACAUCAAGGCGCUGCAGCCCACCACACCGGCCAGCCGAGCUUUCAUCUUCAAGGCCCAGAUUCUCACCUUCAAACCACCAACCUAACUGUGCUGUUAACACAGGUGCUCUAUGUGAUAUACGUUUUUGAUAUACCAAUAGACUACUUUUGAAUAAACCCACAUUCAACCUGAA